UAUGGUUAGACUAGAGAAACUCGUCUAUGAAUAAUUAGUCAACAUUCGUGCCCUUAAUAGACAAAGAAUUAUUGGGUCUCCCAGAAAAUGGUACUCUGAGCCACGAACACCUGCUAUGACACUAUCAGCAGUCAAAUUAUUCACUUAAGGAUGGACUGGUCUCAUCUAUAAGAUGGUUGAGCCCUUAUUUGCAAGGUAUUCAAUGAUCUCUUCAUUUUUAGAUUCCUCUAUCGAUGGAUGAGAAACAUUGGUUUGGAUAGAGGAUUAGCAUUAGAAGAUUUACUUUUAUUUUAAGAUAGAGAAUUAAGAAGAGAUCCACUAUUUGAACAUAUUUAAAGAGAAGGAUUCCAUCCCUAUACUUGGAUUCUCUUUAAUAAAAGGAGGGCAAGAUUCUCAAAAGUCGAAAGAGGUGUAAGAGGAUCUACAGCACCUGAAUGGUUAUAAGCAGAAGCAAGAGAGCGAACAUUGGCUGAUAGCGUUUAAAAUAUAUAUGAAUGGGACAAUUAUGUCUAUCAAAAUUACAUGAGUGAUAUGACACCUACUGCAAGAGGAACAAUCCUAUAGAAAAUAUUGCCUCUUGAAUGGUUCCUCUUUUUCGGUCUCCUCAGAGUUGACUCUUGGGAUAGAUACUUUUAUAAUGAAGUCAUGUAUAAGGGUCUUGAAUACUCAAAGGAAGAAUUGGCUAAUAUUCCUAAACCAUUUAAAGCAGAAUUAAGUACUGAUUAAUUAAUCUAAAUUCUUUAGCAACAGAAGAAGGCAGAAGAUAAUUUGAAAUAAAUGUCAAUAGAUUUAUUGAUCUUUAUCCUGGAUCCAUUGUUAAAGAAGGGUAUUAUAAAAAUUCAAUAUUUAAGUGAAAAAUUUGAUUUCCAAAGAUUCUAUGCCCUAGAAGCCAUUAAUAAUAAUAGAGACUUGAGUAAAUUUGAUUCAUCCUUGGUUUCUCAACUCAAAUCUGAACUAACACAAUAAGUUGAAAAGAAAUCAACAACUAAGGGAAAAAAAGUUAAACCAACAAUGCCUAAUUGGUUACAUUCUGAAGGAAAAGGACUCUUAGCAUGAU